AUGGUGGAUAUUAGUACUCAAACUGUUUCAAAUACUGAAGGUAAUUCACGAGAUUUAUUAACAUUAACAAACGAUGCAUUUCUUGUUGCAUUAAUAAAUAAAACAAAAAUAGAACAUGAAGACUUUCAUUCACAAUAUAGAGAUAUUAUUGAUUCUGAUCCAGCUGUUUUAGUAAUUGGUAGAUCUCUUCACAAUCAACGUUCAACGGAUAAUCAUAAUCAUUGUGAUUCUUUUAAUAAGAAAUAUGAUGACAGACCUUCUAAACCUAGUUGUCAAUGUCGAAUUUGUUCUAAUGAUCAACAACAAAUAAAUAUUGUUGAUCAAUUGAUUAAUCAACCACAUAUUCCCUAUGCUUUAUUACCAAAACAUUUCAAGCCAAAACAGAUUUCAAAUGAUUGUACUCAACAUUCUCAACUGCAAAACUAUUUGAAAGAAAAUAAUCAAUGGGACAAAUCAAUGAUUUAUCGACACCGCAUUCCUACUCAUUAUUACUAUAAGCGAUAUAAUAAGCAUGAUUAUUCUUUAUAUUCCUGUCGAUCAUCUCAGAUUCGUUCUCGUAUUCCACUGAAUAUUUUAUCAUCAUAUAAUAUCAAUCAAUGGCAAGAUCCUUAUGUGUAUUCAGAUCAUUCUUUAUUUUUUCAACAACAGCAACAUGAUAGAAUUCGGCGAUACGAUUAUCGUUGUAUUCGUGAUGAUCAUCGAAUAAAGGCUUCCAUAUGA